AUGGGCUCCGAUGGCCGUCCUGUAUGCCACCGUUGCGCGCAGAUCAAGCAAGCCUGCGAUGGCAACCUGCCUUGCGCGCGAUGCGUCCGGCUCAGCUUGCCAUGCCGCCCACGAAACGCCGCCGGCACCACCAUCGAUGACACUCACAACGGCGACGUGCCCAAGGCUAGGAUCAAGAGAGUGCAGACUGGCUGCCUGAUGUGCAAGCGCCGCAAGAAGAAGUGCGACGAGACCAAGCCGCGCUGCGGCGACUGCCGCCGUCUCUGUCUCGAUUGCGCUUGGCCGCCAGAACGACAUGGCAAGCCCAGGCUUGGGUCCGGGUCCGCGGAUGAGGCCGUCAAGGGGCAUGUCGACCGUGACGACGACGAGGCCGUUGCGCCCGUCUCGUCUUCAGAAAUAGUCCGACGGCUUCCUGAAGUCGUAUUUCGGGACAUGCCUGUUCGAAAAAGCCCCAGCGCGUCGAGUUCAAACAGCGGGAGACACGGCAGCUUCGACAACCAAAGUCAGUACAGCCAUGCAAGUCACAGCUCCCAGAUGGCCUAUUCAAACUACGCCGACUUCAACCGGCCGGUCGAGCACACGCCCAUCAUGACGGCGGCCACGACAUCCGUGGCCAUGCAAUCCUCCUCCGCAAUGCCCAUCACGUCGGGGAUCAUUGGGGAACUCACCCCGGACAUGUCCCUCGACAGACUGUCCUGGGAUGUGUCGGCAUCGUCUCCGGUCUGGCUAGACUCCAGCACGCCUGUCAGCAAUGGUAGCCCGACGACUUCGAUAGAGUCGGCGCCUCCUUCGCAGUUGCUGUCGAUUUACGUACCACAGCUCAUGCCUCAACUGAGCGCGCCUCAGGACAAGGCUCUACUGAAUCACUACUCCACCAUCGUGUCCUCCAUACUCUCUCGCCGGGCCUCUUCAGAAAAUCCGUAUAAUGGUUAUCUGUUGCCCAUGGCUCAGUCGAACGAUCUGGUCCUUCAUUGUAUUUUGGCGCUCUCCGCAAAUCACUGGCGGAAGCUCCAACCUUCCAUGGGUGAUCGCGGUCUUCUGCACAAGAGCAAAGCGACUCAAGCCCUGGCAGGGCUCCUACCACACGUCGACACAACCAGCGCGGACAUCGCGCUGGUGAGUAGUCUGCUGCUGUGCAUGACGGAGUUGUUCGACGGUACCAGUGAGGGUUGGAAGCUCCACCUCAGGGGCGCGAAGCGCUUGUUGGUCGCGUUGCGGAAGCAACAGGGCGACAUCCUCACAGGGCACUACAAGUUCCUGCUUCGCCUGGCGAGAUUCCUCGACUCUGCUGCCACGACUUCAACAUGUAGGCCACCCCUGAUAGGAGCCGAGGCUGCCGAGGCGCAAGCCCUUGAUACCUGGUCCUCGACGCCUGAUGAAGAGGACUCUGCGGUCUACGGAAUCCCCAAAGAACUGUUCCAUCUGGUGGACCGCAUCAACACGUUGGCCGAGCUCCGAGGCACCAGGGUAGACCAAGCUUCUGAAACCGCGUUCCGGCGACAUGCCAGCGAAAUUGAGCGUCGGAUCGAAAAUUGGUCCUACGAGUACGGUGGCAUGUCGAGGGCGGUUUCCUCGCUCACACCGGCUACGGAGGACGUGUUGCACGCUACUCUCGCCUUUGAGUACGCCAUUCGCCUGCGACUUCACCAGAUUGUCGAAGGCUACGAACUGACCGAUCCAAAAGUCGGCAAGUAUGUUGAUGGUAUUAUUGAAUGCGUGCAAAAAAUUCGCUACGGUAGUCCCCUUGAAUCCUGCAUUCUCUUCCCUCUGGUCAUGGCUGGCGGAUCGUGUUGGAAGCUAGAGCACCGUCUGAUAAUCCAGGACCGACUUCUGGUCAUGGAACGAACGUGCGGGUUUGGCUACGUUUAUAAUGCCAGAGACCUGGUCGAGCGUGUUUGGUCAAGGCGGGAUCAAUCAGAAGGCACAGGGGCGAUUGUAAACUGGGCGCGAAUCCGCUAUUACGAGAUGCACGGUUUAGUCGUUUUCUAA